AGUUUUGAAGUUUGUGGAAGUAUAGUUUGUGUGAGGAUGGAAGAAGCAGUAAGUCAGAAAGCGGAGAGUUCCUGCAAAGUUUGCGGUGAUAAGGCCUCCGGGAAGCAUUAUGGCGUGGCAAGUUGCGACGGUUGCAGGGGAUUCUUCAAAAGAAGCAUCAGAAGAAACCUAGAAUAUGUAUGCAAGGAAAACGGAAAUUGCAUCGUGGAUGUCACCAGAAGGAAUCAAUGCCAAGCGUGCAGAUUCAAAAAGUGUCUUCAAGUCAAUAUGAAAAGAGAUGCUGUUCAGCAUGAACGAGCUCCUCGAACGAGCCAUCAAGCCUCCAUGCACCACUACCACAUAGGCUUGGGCACUAGGCUGAGACCGUUUCAAUUCGCGCCGAUAAACAACAUAAACGCCGUUCCCAUGCACGUCCAAUGCCCGUCUCUGUUGGACCCAUCGUUUCCCCAGAUACCCGGGCAUUACUUCCACCAUGGGUUGAUUUAUCCAAGUGCGGGAGUGCUUCGCGGAUUUGGAAAACAGCAUGGAGGGUUGCACACGACGUUAAACAUCCCCAGCUCAAUUUAUAAUGUACAUAAGCAAGCCGGUGAGAUGAAUUCCAGCUUAUCGCCGAAAUCACCCAGGAAGGCUAUGAAAGACGACGAGGUGUCGAGCUCAGAAGAAAUUGCUCAAAAUCGAUUGUCCGAAGAAGAGGCUGUGAGUGAGGAACCGACGAUCUCACAUCUGGAAUUACCGAUUGACCCUUGUCGACCAACCACGUCAAUUAGACACCUAGAAUUGUCCUAUUUAAAUCUAUUUCCCGCAGAAAAUGUCUACGAAUCGGCCGCUAAACUUCUGUUUCUAGCAGUAAAAUGGGCUAAAACAAUACCAUCUUAUCUGCAGCUCUCCUAUAGAGACCAAUCGAUACUUCUGGAAGAAAGUUGGAACGAAUUGUUUGUGUUAACCGCAGCACAAUGGGCUUUUCCUGUAGAUGAAACUAUCCUCCUGAGUAAUAUCGUAGCUCCUUCAUCCAGACAGGCGAUAUUAGAAGAAGACGCCAGGAAAUUAAAAGACAUCAUUAUCAGGUUAAAUUUGUUAAAAGUAGAUCACACGGAAUACGCUUGUUUGAAAGCACUGGUGCUGUUCAAAGCAGAAAGUCGUGGUCUUUGUGAACCAACGCACGUCGAAAUGCUCCAGGAUCAGACGCACGUAAUGCUCCAUGAAUAUUGCAGCCAAAAACAUACCUUGCAUAAAGGGAGAUUCGGAAAGCUCCUGCUUACAUUACCUGCUGUACAGUCAAUUUCCAGAAGAGGUCUGGAGGAGUUGUUGUUUAGACAAACUGUGGGAGAUGUCGGGAUUGAUAGGUUAUUAGGAGACUUGUCUAAAGCUGCUGGUUAA